GUGCCCUUGUUCGUCACCAAUGCAGCACGAACGCCUUCUGCAUCUGCGGAGGGUGGUGUCGGAAACACCUGGGUGCUGGAGUCAUUCGUGGACCUUCAGAACACGUCGGCAGUCCUUGCUGCCCCGGCAGAGCUUGCGCGCCAGCGGUCGCAGGUGCCCGGCUACGAGAUUCGCGAUCUCCUGGAGGCAACGAUCGGCGGAAAUACGCAGCGUGCUGUAGUCACGACAAUCUUCGUGUGGUUCGUGGCUUCGCAGUUCCUCGACAUUGGCUCCGCGGUGGAACUACAUGCCCCGCCAGGAUACGAGCUUCGCUGCAACCCGCGGGUGCAGUACAUCAGCCUCCCGGCUGGCUCCUGCAGCCUCAUCUCAGGCGUUACCUCCACCACCGGCGACGUGUUUCAUCAGUAUUUGUCUUUGGCUUUGACAUUGCCUGGACAGCAAGUGUACCCCAACACUGCCUACGAGUUCGGAGUGGCUGCGGUCAAUCCAAGUGCUGCUGCUACACCGAACUUCUGGGGCCUGGUGUUGCGGAAGCCUGGUGGCGAAGUGGCCGACUCUAUCCGCACACUACCGGGCUAUGAUCUCACGGACUUCCAACUCGAUGUGCAGACCCCGCUGCCAUCCUCCACGCGGCCUGCCGUUGUGAGCUUCGUCCGUGUUGCGCUCACAUUUGCAAG